AUGGCUCCUUGGCCCGAGCUGGAAAAUGCCCAGACAAACCCCAACACACACAUCGAAGGGACCGGGGGUCCAUGGAACCCUGUGUCUGAGAAAGGCAAAGAGUCCAAGAAAAAUGACAGCGGAGCCACCAAGAUGGAGCUGCUUCCAUCCUACUCCACCGUGGCGCUCAUAGAGGAUCCCCCAGAGACGGACCCAUGGGACCUGCCUGCACUGCAGGACACAGGGCCCAAAUGGUCAGAGCGCGAUGCCAGAGGCAAGCUUCUCUGUGUCUUCCAAGGGAUCGGGAAGUUCAUUUUGCUCCUGGGAUUUCUCUACUUGUUCGUGUGCUCCUUGGAUGUCCUCAGCAGCGCCUUCCAGCUGGUGGGAGGAAAGGUCGCUGGAGAGUUCUUCAAAAAGGACUCAAUUAUGAGCAACCCAGUGGCAGGACUGGUGACUGGGGUACUGGUGACCGUCCUAGUGCAGAGUUCCAGCACCUCUUCGUCCAUCAUUGUCAGCAUGGUGGCCUCAUCCUUGUUGUCCGUGCGUUUCGCCAUCCCCAUCAUCAUGGGAGCCAACAUUGGCACCUCCAUCACCAACACCAUCGUGGCGCUCAUGCAGGCUGGGGACCGCAAUGAGUUCAGAAGGGCUUUUGCAGGGGCUACUGUCCAUGACUUCUUCAACUGGCUCUCUGUGUUCGUGCUGCUGCCCCUGGAGGCAGCCACCCACUACCUGGAGCUCCUCACCAACCUCGUGGUGGAGUCCUUCCACUUCAAGAAUGGGGAAGAUGCCCCAGCACUUCUGAAGGUCAUCACAGACCCCUUCACAAAGCUCAUUAUCCAGCUGGAUAAAAAAGUUAUCAACCAAAUUGCAAUGAAUGAUGAAUCAGCCAAAAACAAGAGCCUGGUCAAGAUUUGGUGCAAAAUUUUCACCAAUAUGACUGAAAUGAAUGUCACCGUGCCUUCUCCUGAGAACUGCACCUCUCCUGCCCUCUGUUGGACUGAUGGUUCUGAAACAUGGACCAUCAAGAAUGUGACUUAUCAGGAGAACAUUGAGAAAUGUCACCACAUCUUUGUUAAUUUCAACCUCCCGGAUCUGGCUGUUGGUAUCAUAUUGCUGAUCGUCUCCCUGCUGGUUCUCUGUGGCUGCCUCAUCAUGAUCGUCAAGAUCCUGGGCUCUGUGCUAAGGGGGCAGGUGGCUAUUGUCAUCAAGAAGACCCUCAACACAGAUUUGCCUUUUCCCUUUGGCUGGGUGACUGGCUACCUGGCCAUCCUUGUGGGGGCAGGUAUGACCUUUAUUGUGCAAAGCAGCUCAGUGUUCACAUCAGCUUUGACCCCGCUAAUUGGUCUUGGGGUGAUAUCCAUUGAGCGGGCAUAUCCGCUUACUCUUGGAUCCAACAUUGGCACCACCACCACUGCCAUUCUAGCUGCCCUGGCCAGUCCAGGCAACACUUUGAAGCAUUCACUCCAGAUUUCCCUGUGCCACUUUUUCUUCAACAUCUCGGGCAUCUUGCUGUGGUAUCCCAUCCCGUUCACCCGCCUGCCCAUCCGCCUGGCCAAGGGACUGGGCAACAUCUCCGCCAAGUACCGCUGGUUUGCUGUCUUCUACCUCAUCUUCUUCUUCUUCCUGACCCCACUGGCCGUGUUCGGUCUCUCCCUGGCAGGCUGGCCAGUGCUAGUGGGGGUGGGGGUGCCCAUCAUCCUCGUGAUUGUGCUGGUGGUGGUCCUCAAAGUGCUGCAGUCCCGUUGUCCAGGAGCCCUGCCAAGCGGACUGCGGAAUUUUAACUGCCUGCCUCAGUGGAUGCGCUCACUGAAGCCUUGGGACAAGGUGGUGACCAGCCUCUCCACCUGCUGCCAGAGGCGCUGCUGCUGCUGCUGCCGAAUCUACUGCCGACUCUGCUGUACCAUAUGUGGCUGUACCAAGUGCUGUCCAUGCUGCAAGUGCUGCAACAUCUUGGAGGAGGAGCCUGAUGUCCCUAUCAAGGCCCCCGAGGCCGUUGAUAAAUUCGCUAUGGGUCUUGAGACCCCAAGUUGGUCUUCUCACUCCCAAGUAGAUGCACUGAGUACAAAGACAGUCUCCAGCAGCACAGCCUUGUAG